GGAAAAACUAAAUCACAGCUUAAACAGUUGAAAGAUUUCAAAAAUAAAGUAUUAACAGAAGAAGAUAUUGAUGAAUUAUAUAAAUUAUAUAAUCCCGAGCCGCAAAAGCCAAAGGAACAAAAACAAAUGGUACAAAACACCCAGGUCCUUCAGACCAUAAAUGAUGCACAAGCUUUAAUUUAUGAUUCAUUAGUUAAACCAUAUUCAGCCCGACUUUUAAAUGAAGAUCAACUUUUGGAAUUCAUCCUUCAACAUAAACUCGAAGCGGGAAAGUAUAUCAAACCUUUAUAUACAGCAUAUUUAAAACAAAUGAAUAGAAUACAUCCAGAAUUAAUGAAAGGAGGAAUGAAAUCCAAAAUCAAAGCAGAUAAAAUUAAACCACUUACAACACCAAAACCUCCAACAGUAGUACCUCCUCCUUCAGUUAAUCCUUCAUCAUUCACUUUAUUAUAUCCAUUUCAAACAUUAAAGAAGCAAAAAGAUUUUAAAAAGGAUUUCAAGAUAUUAAAUAAACCAAUUGACCCAAAAAUUCAACCGUUAAAGGAAAAAUUUAGUCGCCCUUCAUUUGCACUAUAUCCAUAUUCAUACGAAAUCGAUCAUCUGGAAUAUUCAAAAGGAAACGUUACUUAUUUAUUUGCCAUUAACAUUAACACUAGAUAUUUAUAUUGCAUUCCGGUGAAAGGGAAAACAGAACAGGAAACAAGAAGAGCUAUACAAUACUUACUAGAUCAUGAAAGAGUAGAUAAUAUAAGGGGUGAUGGUGAUAAAGGAUUUCAGGCAGCUAUGGCUCAUUAUUUCCCACAAAUUAAUUUUUACUUUUCAUCCUCUCCAUAUACGUUUCAUAAUAAAAUAGUUGAUGUGGUAAUGAGAACUCUUAGAGAUGCGUUAGGGGUUAAUGGUCAGAUAUACUGGGAUGGAAAUCAUGACUCCAUCAUACAGCAGUUAGUAUAUUAUUACAAUAAUACAUGGCAUAG